AUGCAGAUGUUUCCUCUUGAUUUACUUUAAAGGGGUGGAAAAAGCCAAAGCAAUGCCCUCUCCACGGAUACUAAGGACUCACCUUCCAACUCAGCUGUUGCCUCCGUCUUUCUGCGAAAACAACUGCAAGUUCCUUUAUGUAGCUCGAAAUGCCAAAGACUGCAUGGUUUCCUACUACCAUUUCCAAAGGAUGAAUCAAAUUCUUCCUGACCCUGGUACCUGGGAAGAGUAUUUUGAAACCUUCAUCAAUGGAAAAGUGGGCUGGGGUUCCUGGUAUGACCAUGUGAAGGGAUGGUGGGAGAUAAAAGACAGAUACCAGAUUCUCUUCCUCUUCUAUGAGGACAUAAAACGAGACCCAAAGCAUGAAAUUCAGGAAGUGAUGCAGUUCAUGGGAAAGAACUUGGAUGAAACAGUGCUAGAUAAGAUUGUCCAGGAGACAUCAUUUGAGAAAAUGAAAGAAAAUCCCAUGACAAAUUGUUCCAUAGUUCCUAAAUCUAUCCUGGACCAGUCCAUUUCCCCCUUCAUGAGAAAAGGAACUGUGGGGGAUUGGAAAAACCACUUCACUGUGGCUCAGAAUGAGAGAAUUGAUGAAAUCUAUAGGCAAAAGAUGAAAGGAACCUCAAUAAAUUUCUUCACAGAACUCUGAGCAAGAGGUACAUAGAUAGUGGAUGGCAAAAAUGGGGAAGCGAUCUUCAGUCCUUCAGCCCAGCCCAAAGAAUCUCUGAAAGCAUUUUGUAAAAGUAUACAAUUAUGGUACCACUGUCUCUGUGAUUAUUAAUAGUAUGUACCAGUUUUAUUUUUUAGACUCAUCAUGUUUAAUGCUAUUUUCUCAACCAUUCUUUCCAAAGUAAGAAAUAAAGCGGCUUAAUAAAGUAAAA